UCUCUUCCCCUAUUGGCGUUCUUCUGACACUCCACAACUGCGGCGGCUUCACCAGACCAGACCUCUCAUCUAGGUUUUCAAAACCCUGAAAACCCUGAUUGAAGCACUAGAUUUUGAGCCAUGGAGGAGGUUCUCGAGAGCAAAGACUUCUCAUUUCCAAAGCAGGAAGAGAAUAUCCUCGAGUUAUGGUCCGAAAUCAAGGCCUUCGAGACCCAGUUGAAGCGCACCGAAAACCUGCCCGAGUACGUCUUCUACGACGGCCCUCCCUUCGCCACUGGCCUCCCCCACUAUGGCCACAUCCUUGCCGGGACCAUCAAGGACAUUGUGACGAGGUACCAGAGCAUGACCGGCCACCACGUGACCCGACGCUUCGGAUGGGACUGCCAUGGAUUGCCGGUGGAGCACGAGAUUGACAAGAAGCUGGGGAUUCAGACGAGGGAGGAUGUGCUAAAGAUGGGAAUUGAUAAGUACAAUGAGGAAUGUAGGAGCAUUGUGACUAGGUACGUUGAGGAGUGGGAGAAGAUCAUUACACGAACGGGUCGGUGGAUUGACUUUAGGAAUGAUUACAAGACCAUGGAUUUAAAGUUUAUGGAGAGUGUGUGGUGGGUUUUUGCUCAGCUCUUUGAGAAGGGCCUUGUGUACAGAGGUUUCAAGGUUAUGCCAUACAGCACUGGUUGCAAGACACCGCUGUCUAAUUUUGAAGCCAACUCGAACUAUAAGGAUGUACCCGACCCUGAACUGAUUGUGUCCUUCCCAAUAGUUGACGAUCCAGAUAAAGCAGCAUUUCUAGCAUGGACAACAACACCAUGGACCCUCCCUAGUAAUCUUGCCUUGUGUGUCAAUGCAAAUUUUGUCUAUGUAAAGGUGCGCAAUAAGUACUCAGGGAAAGUCUAUGUGGUUGCUGAAUCUCGAUUGUCAGAGCUACCUACUGAGAAGCCAAAACAAGUCGUAACUAAUGGAUCAAGUGAUGAUCUAAAACAUUCAAACCCUAAGUCCAAGGGUUCCUCAGGUGGGAAAACCAAGGGUGAGGUAGAGUUUGAGGUGGUUGAGAAAAUUUUGGGGGCUUCACUGGUGGGAAGGAAGUAUGAGCCAUUAUUCAAUUAUUUCAUGGAGUUUUCUGAUGCGGCAUUCAGAGUUCUUUCGGACAAUUAUGUAACUGAUGAUAGUGGGACUGGAAUUGUUCAUUGUGCUCCUGCAUUCGGUGAAGAUGAUUACCGGGUUUGCGUUGAAAAUCAAAUAAUCGAUAAGGGAGAAGAUCUAAUUGUAGCAGUUGAUGAUGAUGGCUGCUUUACUGGGAGGAUUACUGACUUUAGUGGGCGUUAUGUGAAGGAUGCAGAUAAAGACAUUAUUGAAGCAAUAAAGAGAAAAGGCAGGCUCAUCAAAUCUGGCAGAUUUACGCAUUCUUAUCCGUUUUGUUGGAGAUCUGAUACCCCUCUUAUUUAUAGAGCUGUUCCGAGCUGGUUUGUCAAAGUGGAAAACUUGAAGGAGCAAUUGCUAGAAAACAACAAACAGACAUAUUGGGUUCCUGAUUUUGUGAAGGAAAAACGCUUCCACAAUUGGCUGGAAAAUGCAAGAGACUGGGCUAUCAGUCGAAGUAGAUUCUGGGGUACUCCUCUUCCUCUAUGGAUUAGUGAGGAUGGUGAAGAAAAAAUAGUUAUGGAUUCCAUCGAGAAACUAGAAAAGCUCUCUGGUGUGAAGGUGACUGAUCUGCAUCGUCACAAGAUUGAUCAUAUCACAAUUCCUUCUAGUCGUGGUCCUGAAUUCGGUGUGCUUCGACGUGUAGAUGAUGUGUUUGAUUGCUGGUUUGAGAGCGGGUCCAUGCCUUAUGCUUAUAUUCAUUAUCCAUUUGAGAAUGUUGAACUUUUUGAAAAUAAUUUCCCUGGGCAUUUUGUGGCUGAGGGGCUAGAUCAAACUCGUGGAUGGUUCUAUACUCUCAUGGUGUUGUCUACUGCAUUAUUUGGAAAACCUGCAUUUAGGAAUCUUAUUUGCAAUGGACUUGUCCUGGCUGAGGAUGGAAAAAAAAUGAGUAAAAGAUUGAAGAACUAUCCUUCACCUACAGAAGUCAUUGAUGAAUAUGGGGCUGAUGCAUUGCGGUUAUACAUUAUCAAUUCUCCAGUUGUGCGUGCAGAGCCUUUACGUUUUAAAAAAGAAGGAGUUCAUGGUGUUGUCAAAGGGGUCUUUCUCCCUUGGUAUAAUGCAUACAGGUUCCUUGUACAGAAUGCAAGGAGACUUGAGGUUGAGGGGGUUGGACCAUUCAUUCCUAUUGAUGGGGUUACUCUUCAGAAAUCAUCUAAUGUGCUUGAUCAAUGGAUCAAUUCAGCCACUCAGAGCCUUGUUCAUUUUGUCCGCCAAGAAAUGGAUGCAUAUCGACUUUACACGGUGGUUCCUUAUCUUGUGAAAUUCCUUGACUACCUCACAAAUACAUAUGUGCGGUUCAACCGUAAGAGACUUAAAGGCCGUACAGGAGAAGGCGACUGCCGGACAGCUUUGUCAACUCUUUACUAUGUGCUUUUAACUUCGUGCAAAGUGAUGGCUCCAUUCACUCCGUUCUUCACUGAAGUUCUUUAUCAAAAUUUACGGAAAGUUUCCAAUGGAUCAGAGGAAAGCAUUCACUAUUGCAGUUUCCCUCAAGAAGAGGGACAGAGAGGAGAACGAAUUGAACAAAGUGUUGCAAGGAUGACAACAAUAAUUGAUCUUGCUCGCAAUAUUCGUGAGCGUCACAAUAAGCCCGUGAAAACACCACUCAGGGAGAUGGUAGUUGUUCAUCCAGACCAAGAAUUUCUUGACGACAUCGCUGGAAAGCUAAAAGAGUAUGUGCUGGAGGAACUCAAUAUUAGAUCUCUUGUCCCCUGCAAUGAUCCUUUGAAAUAUGCUUCUUUACGCGCAGAACCUGAUUUCAGUGUAUUAGGUAAGCGUCUGGGGAAAUCGAUGGGAGUUGUUGCCAAGGAAGUCAAAGCAAUGUCCCAGGAAGAUAUUUUGGCUUUUGAAAAGGCUGGAGAAGUUACAAUUUCUAACCAUUGUUUGAAGCUGACUGAUAUUAAGGUUUUUCGGGAUUUCAAACGUCCUGAAAAUAUGACUGCAGAGGAGAUUGAUGCAUCAGGAGAUGGUGAUGUUGUGGUGAUUCUGGAUUUGCGACCUGAUGAGUCAUUGUUUGAGGCGGGGAUUGCUCGUGAGGUUGUUAAUAGAAUCCAGAAAUUACGGAAGAAGGCUGCCCUUGAACCUACUGACAUGGUUGAGGUUUAUUUUGAAUCUUUGGAUGAAGAUAUAUCAGCUAUGCAACAAGUUUUAGAUUCACAGGAAGUCUACAUUAGAGAUGCACUUGGUUCUCCUUUGCUUCCUUCCUCCAUGAUUCAGCCGCAUACUGUCAUCCUUUGCGAGGAGAGUUUCCAUGGUGUCUCUAAAUUUGAUUUUGUUAUUAGGUUGGCAAGGCCAACAUUAGUAUUCAACACGAAUGCUGUUCUUGCUUUAUAUUCAGUUGUUGCAGGAAACACAAAGUUUGCACAAGGUUUGCAGGCUUACUUGUUUUCAAGGGAUCAUUAUAACUUGAAGUCAGAGUUUCAACUUGGAAAUUCCAAGAUUAAGGUUGAUUGCAUUGAAAAUCAGCCAGCAGUGGAUGUGGUAUUGGGAAAGCAUGUAUUUUUGACGGUCGGCGAUUACUAUUCGAGUGAGAAAACCGAAUGAUUUCACUCCAACUUGCCAGUCAAUUUUUUUUUUCUUUUUAAAUUAUUGAUUGUUCAUCAGGAAACACAGAAAAAAUAUAUGUAUACGAGCGUGCCAGUGCAUUCAUAACAGGCAUUACAAUUGCUAUUUUCCAUUUUGUUGUAGAAAAAUACUUUGUUCAAAUGUUUUAUUAUGAAAAACCAGGCAGUUAAUUUUAUAAUA